ACGGACUAUAUUAUCUGCUGCUAUUUGCAGUUUGCUGUAGCCAGGCGCCAGACUGAGCCCGAGCAGAAACCGCUUUUUCUUGUUGCUUGUUGCUGAGAUGGAAACGGUCUCUAAAGGAAUGGCAUCUGCGAGGCAGCUGGCAGAGAAGAGGAAUCUAACUCUUACACCUGGCACUGCAAGCAUCACGCCAAAGACCACACACUCAUCAGAACCUCAGCUCUAAGAGGACAGAGGAUGGCAGGAGGUGUAAGGAGGAACACAGGGAUGGGAAAUAGACUGGGGCUGUAUGUGAGAUUGUUGGCAGUGAGCGUGUCACUGGGAAGUGAUCUGGGCUUGCUGGGCCUGAAAGACCAGGUUGGGGUCAAAGCCCAGAAUAAUGAGAGAAGGGUAUUGGCGCAUAUCCCUGGUGACAUCAUUAUAGGAGCUCUGUUCUCUGUCCACCACCAACCACCUGCAGACAAGGUCCACGAGCGAAAGUGUGGUGCAGUGCGUGAGCAGUAUGGGAUCCAGAGAGUAGAGGCCAUGAUGCACACUCUGGAUCGAAUCAAUGCAGAUCCCACUAUCCUCCCAAAUAUCACCCUGGGCUGCGAGAUCAGGGACUCAUGCUGGCACUCUGCGGUGGCACUGGAGCAGAGUAUUGAGUUCAUUCGGGACACUCUAGUGUCCAGCGAAGAGGAGGAAAGCCAGGGCAGGUGUACUGCAGAGGCAGGGAGCUUGCUGCUUCAGGGGAAGAAGCCCAUUGUGGGUCUGAUCGGACCAGGAUCCAGCUCUGUGGCUAUACAGGUGCAAAAUCUCCUCCAACUCUUCAACAUCCCACAGAUAGCCUACUCAGCCACAAGCAUGGAUCUCAGUGACAAGAGCCUGUAUAAAUAUUUCAUGAGGGUGGUGCCGUCAGAUAUGCAACAGGCCAGAGCCAUGGUGGACAUUGUCAAGAAAUACAACUGGAGCUACGUGUCCGCAAUACACACAGAGGGUAAUUAUGGAGAGAGCGGUAUGGAGGCAUUUAAAGACAUGGCAGCAAAGGAGGGAAUCUGCAUCGCCCACUCUGAUAAGAUAUACAGCAACGCAGGGGAGCAGAGCUUUGAUAAGCUGCUGCAGAAACUACGAGGUCACCUGCCUAAAGCCAGGGUGGUGGCCUGCUUCUGCGAGGGCAUGACAGUCAGAGGCAUACUGAUGGCCAUGAGACGACAACGCCUGGUGGGAGAGUUUCUGCUGGUUGGAAGUGAUGGUUGGGCUGACAGGUACGAUGUGACUGAUGGCUACCAGAAGGAGGCAGCUGGUGGAAUCACUAUAAAGCUUAAGUCGGCAUAUGUGACCUGGUUCGAUGAUUAUUACCUGAACCUGAAGCCCGAUGCCAACCUGAGGAAUCCCUGGUUCCCAGAGUUCUGGCAGCACCGCUUCCAGUGCAGGUUGAGGGGCCACCCGCAGGAGAGCACCAUGUACAACCGCACCUGCACCUGGAGAGAGUCUCUGCGCCAUCAGUAUGCCCAGGACACCAAGAUGGGCUUUGUCAUAAAUGCCAUCUAUUCCAUGGCUUACGGCCUACAUGCCAUGCAGCAAGCCCUCUGUCCAGGAUACAAGGGUUUGUGUGAGUCCAUGCGGCCCAUUGAUGGACGCAAGCUGCUGGAUUUCCUGAUGAAAACCAACUUUACAGGCGUAUCUGGGGAGACUAUCCUCUUUGACCAGAAUGGAGACUCACCUGGGAGGUAUGAAAUCAUGAACUUCAAGCAAGUGGGUGAGGAUGAGUACGCUUAUAUCCAUGUGGGGAGCUGGGAUCAAGGUGGCCUAAAGAUGAAUGAUGAGGAAAUCUGGAGUAACAACAGUGACAUCAUCCAGUCAGUCUGCUCUGAGCCCUGCCAGAAGGCGCAGAUCAAGGUGAUCCGUAAAGGAGAGGUGAGCUGUUGCUGGACCUGUACUCCCUGCAAGGAGAAUGAGUUUGUGUUUGAUGAGUACACUUGUCGAGCCUGUGUCCUGGGCUCGUGGCCCACAGAUGACCUCACUGGUUGUGAGCCAAUCCCGGUGCAGUACGUGCGUUGGGGAGAUCCAGAGCCCAUCGCUGCAGUGGUCUUCGCCUGUCUGGGCCUCAUGGCUACACUUUUUGUCACUUCUGUUUUUAUCAAAUUCUGGGACACUCCUGUGGUCAAAUCAUCCAGCCGUGAGCUCUGCUACAUCAUCCUGGCUGGGAUAUGUCUGGGCUACCUGUGCACCUUCAGCCUUAUCGCCAAGCCCCACAUAAUCUACUGCUACCUCCAGCGGCUGGGAAUCGGCCUGUCUCCUGCCAUGAGCUACUCCGCUUUAGUCACCAAGACCAACCGUAUAGCACGGAUCCUGGCAGGCAGCAAGAAGAAGAUCUGCACCAAGAAACCUCGCUUUAUGUCCGCCUGCGCACAAUUGGUCAUCGCCUUCCUACUCAUACUGCUGCAGCUGGGGAUUAUUGUGGCACUUCUUAUCAUAGAGCCACCACAGGUUAUCUAUGACUACCCCAGUAUCCGCGAAGUACAUUUGAUCUGUAAUCUGACCACUCUGGGGGUGGUGGCGCCGCUGGGCUAUAAUGGCCUGCUUAUCCUCAGCUGCACCUUCUACGCCUUCAAGACCCGUAAUGUACCAGCUAAUUUUAAUGAGGCCAAGUAUAUUGCCUUCACCAUGUAUACCACCUGUAUCAUCUGGUUGGCUUUUGUUCCUAUUUACUUUGGUUCCAACUACAAGAUCAUAACCAUGUGCUUUAGUGUCAGCCUCAGUGCCACAGUGGCUCUCUGCUGCAUGUUUGUCCCAAAGGUUUACAUCAUGCUCGCCAAGCCUGAGAAAAAUGUCCGGAGUGCUUUCACAACAUCCACAGUGGUGCGCAUGCAUGUAGGUGAUGCUAAAAAAGCUGCCAAGUCUGGAAAGUCCUCCAGCAGCAUGGCCAAUUUAUUUCGACGUCGUGGCUCUGCACAGGACAACAUCAGUUCCAAUGGGAAAUCAGUGACUUGGGCACAGAAUGAACGUGGCUACAGACCAAACCUAUGGAAGAGGAUGUCAUUCCACGUCAAGAAAAAAGAUGCAGUGGAGGCAAACCAGACAGCCAUCAUCAAACCCUUCUCUAAAGGAGGAGAUACACCUGCAGACACUGCUGUCCAAGAGCAGUAUGAAGAGCCACAGGUGUCUCAGCCCUUCACCUGCUCGCCGUCUCACUCACCUCUGCCCACCAUCAGCCAGCAUGCAGCGAAGGCAGGGGGUCUCCAGGGAGGGGAGGACGGAGAGGAGGCACAAAAUUUACCCACUUACGUACCUGAGCACGCCGCUGGGGUCAGAAGAAGAGGCGGGGACAACAACAGCCAAGGUGCCGGCAUGGCGGACGUUGGGGACAUUAGCAUCAUACCAGUAGGUGUAGGUGACAUCGGCAUAGGGAUGAUCGGCGGGCAAGCUCAGGGCACCACCAUCAUGGACCAAAUCAGUUGCGUGGUGAACCGUUUCACUGCCAACAUCAGCGAGCUCAACACCAUGAUGCUGCCAGGCGGAGCCGCCGUCAGCCCCUCCUCCACCACCAACGCCACCGCCCUGCCUGCAGCCACUGACACCGCCCCUUGCCCUCCUCAGUACCUUACGUCCAGGGGCAGACAGGCCCCCUCCACCGUCACCACAUACGCCGAGGUAGCGGCCGUUUCCAACUUCUGCGAGAAUCGACCAGCAGGUAAGAUUUAUGAGCACCUGGCGGGGACUUGCGUUAGUAGCAGGCGAGCCAAAGAUAUGGAGGAGCUGGUAGCUCUGACACCUCCCUCCCCUUUUAGAGACUCAUCUCUGAGCUCCAACGGCAGCUCUCCCCCCUCGCUGUCCCCGGCCUCUGAGGUUGAAUAUGACCAGCUGCUGCUGAGACACUACAGCCAGAGCUCCUCCUCUCUCUAAACCUGCUCUCUCUACUCCUUUUUUCUCUUAUCGGAGUAUUUUAAACUCCAAGAGACAAAGCGUCAGACUGGACCAAACUCUUGGAUGCCUUUCUACAUGUGGAUAUUCUGAAUGUUUAAGCAGUUUUUUAAAUACAUUUUCAUUUUCAGAUUGGAUUGAAUGCACCUACACAUGCCUCCACUGAGAGAACUGAGAGCACCACUGGCACCACUGGCAAGACUGCAAAUACUAAAUGCUGAAAUUAAGCUAAGCAAUGUCAGUGCUUCACUCUUUUGUCUCCAAGUCAGUAAAAAACUUCUCAAUCUAUAUGGGCAUUUUACAGACUCUUUAAUGCUAUACUGAAACAGAUUUCUUACUCAGUUUCAAACUUUUCAAAUUCCAAAGAAAAUACUGAUUCAUUAUAAAAAUGGUUAUCAAUUGUAAGUGGGGGAAAAUUGACCAAAUAUUUAUGUUCAGUGUUUCUUUAGAUUAUGCCAAAACGGCUCAUAUAUUGUAUCUCAAAAUGGCAUUUGAUUUUUUUUAGGUAAGUGCAGGUCUUAGAACGCUAAAGAUAGUUGUAUUUCAGUUGUAUAUUUUGCAUCAUCUAUUAUCCUAAACACAGAGAACGUGGUUUGUUUUUAUUGCUUAUAUUAUUGCUGUUGAUUUCCUGUACAUGUGAUGUUUUUGUUACCAAUAAAUUGCCCUAACCUUUUAAUAUUUUGGAUGCAGAUUGGAGGUAUCUGUCCAGAUGUAACUCUGCCUGGAAGGUCAAACAAGACACAUUUUUUCUGCCCUCUAAUUUGUUGUCAACCCUGGAAGACAUAAGUAUCAUUUCUAUCCUGAUGCUAAAGGACAAAGUGUACAGACGGUGUAUUAUGCAAAUCAGGGAGCAGUUUCUAUUUUCUUUUUUUCUUUUUUCUUUUGUGGAGACCUACCCUUCUCUUGGAAACAAGACAGUUACUAAGAGUGAAAAUGAAAUCCCCUCCCCUCCUGUGAGGACAUCUCCAGGGAAUGUAAGACACAAGUCUCAAUGGACGUAACAUCAUCAGGUGUCUAACCCACAAAGAGCUUAUAGACUACUUGGAUGUCUUCUUUAAUUCUUUUUCUCUAGACGUGACUUAGUUGAAUGUAAGAUAACCUGUCAUCAUAUGAAGUGGACCAAAAUGAUCUUCCACCUCAGGAUGUGUCUGAACCAAAAUACUCUCUGAGCACUGUCAUCUGCCAGCUCAAAACGUUUCUAGUUUGCAUGAUGUCAAGAUUUGUUUGCACCAAGUUACAUUUGUAAUGAAUUGCUUUUUACUAUUGCACAUGUCAAACCAAUUAAGCUUAAUAGAUACAGUAGCAAGGUAAUCAUACUAUUAGUGAUACUGAUGUGUUUUUAAGAUUAGUGUUAGGAGAGUCGAGUCGAACUGGAUGUGUGCCAGAUUUUUUCAGACAUCUAUUGCAAAACUGCUUGUUUCCAGUCUGGCUUUUUACCUACAUACAGUACGUGCUAGUGUCUCCAUGCAGGAAAUUACAUCAUGUCUCUGUAAAUGGGCUCACAUUGAGAAUACUGCUGUGAACCCAUUUAGAUUCUAAUCUCUCAAACAUUUCAGGCAUAAGGAGGAUGUUAUUUUUUUAUAAUAUUUUAUGACAUUUUGUUGUUAUUUCUUAUGCUUUUAAUGCAAUUAAUAUUCUUUUUUAUUAUUCUUUUGUAUCUGCAUUUUGGCUUCUCUGAGGUAUGUAGAUGAAUGACAGUACAGAUUCACAGGCUUGCUAUUUAUUUAUUUAUUGUCUGGCUUGUGUCCUUUACUCCUUUUUUUCUGGAUGUUUACACAGGCAAGAAUGUUUUCACGUUUUAUGAAAUGUGCAGUAUUUUUUACUGGUUUUCAAUGUAGAAAAAUCAUCAUAGACAGUUGCCAUAUUUGCAUGCAGGUUUGUGCCAAUUGCAAUUUUACAGGUGCAUACAAUGCUUGAUGCCAAUAAUUCAUUGAUAUAAUCUACAGAAGA